AUGACCCACAUUCUCCAAAUACCCAAACCAGAUGGCACAAUGCGUAAAUGGACAAGCUACUUUGAUUACAUAGUAAUCGACGCGAAGAAACCAUCUUUCUUUCAAGAAGGUACCAUACUCAGGGUUGUAGAACAGACCACGGGGCAGCGAAGCAUUGGUCAUCACAUGGGAAAAUUGGAAACGGGACAAAUUUACUCUGGCGGCUCGUGCGAAGUUUUCUCCAAUCUGAUUGGUGCCCGGGGCAAGGAUGUUCUAUACGUUGGUGAUCACAUAUUUGGCGAUAUAUUAAAAUCAAAAAAGACUGUGGGCUGGCGCACGUACCUUGUGAUACCUGAAUUGGCUAAUGAAAUUUACGUGUGGAAAAAGAAAAAAGCUUUGUUCGAUCAGCUGCAAGACUUGGAUAAUAGUCUGGAGAAUAGUUAUCGGUACGUUGGUGCUUAUUAUUUUUCGAUAGAUUCAUUUGCCUCUAUCUGA